AAAGUCACAAAGUACUUGAUGGCGGGAAAUCAAAUAAGUUUUGUAAGAAUAGAAAUUAAGAAAUUAAAUAAGAAACAACAUAGCUAUUAAAAAUCUCCAUUUUCAAAUUAGACUACGUACAUCAUUGAAGCUAAAAUUGAUAAAAUAGACGAGUAAAAUAAGCUACGUAGAGGUUAUUGUACUCUGUUUUAGUAAUUGGGUCAAAACAAUUUACAAUUUAUAAAAGUGCGAUAAACUCACUUGAAACGAUUAUAUUCGCGUAGUGUAUUUUAUUUAAUUAGUUUUGUUUUGUGUCUUAAAAACAAUGUGGGCUUCACGUGUGCGAUAUGCCAUCAUUUUUCUUGCAUUCGUUAACAUUAUUUAUUGUAGUGCUUUAAAAUUAGCAUCAAUUGACAAAACAUACAAAAAAGGCUUAGAUGCUUACGCUGGAGAAAGAUGGUCUGAAUGCAUAGCAAAAUUUGAGGAAACAUUGCACUUGUAUAAAUUGCAUAGGAUCAUAUUAAUAAAUUGCAGACUCAAGUGUGACUCAAAAAAAUGGAAAUCAGACAUUGAGGAAAUUGAAGAUGUAAAAGUUUAUGAAAAGUUUUUGAAUACAAGACUGUGCAUUACAGACUGUCAAAUCAAAGGAUUUGAAGAUGCCCACUUAAACAACAUGGUAUCUGAAUCUGUAAUAAAUGAUAUGAAUUCCAAAAAACCUUAUGAGUAUCUUCAUAUAUGUUAUUUCCAAAUGAAUGCUUUCCCCAAAGCAGCAUCUGCAGCAUUUACAUAUCUGUCUGCCAACCCAAGUGAUGAGAAAAUGAAAAAAAACCUUGAAUAUUAUCUUGAUCAACCUGAAGUUGAUGCCAGUGAAGUUGUAGAUUUUGAGAGUGAAGUUUAUAAAAUACUGUACCGUCUUGGAAUCAAGGAAUACAAUUUAAAAAAAUGGGCUGAAACAGCUGCCAAUAUGGAAGAAACCUUAACUGAUUAUUUGUCAUGGGAGAACAUGUGUCGAGCUGAAUGUCAACAUCAAUCAGAAUUGGAAUGGUCUCCCGAAUACUCAGUAACUGUUUCAAAUUACAUGAUGUCCCUUGUCAUUUGUAAACAAAAUUGUCAAAAAAAACUUGAGCAUUUAGAUUUUUAUUCUGGAAAUGAUUUUCUGGCUGAUGUUCUGAAUUAUUUACAAAUUUCUUAUUAUAAUUUAGGAAGGAUUGAAGAUGCUGCUAAAGCAGUAGAAAGUUAUUUGUUAUUGAUACCUAACGAUGAAGACAUGUUAUCAAAUAAAAUUAUAUACAGCUCACUGAUGGAUAAGAACAACUUCAGUAAGAGAUCAGACAUAACAUACUAUUUUAAACGUGACAAAUAUGAAAAGCAUAUCUUAGAUAAAUUUUACAAUUCUGAAAUAGAUAAUGCAAUACUUUCCAUGCAAGAAUAAUGUAAUUGUAAGGAAACAAUACUCUGUCUGUAUUGGAUGGAACUAAUUUUCUUUAAUUUUAAAUUUAUAUAUCAAGAACUUUAA